UUUGAGGCAAAACAGCCACUCCAGGAGUCGAACCCGGGCAGCUCAGGGACACACGACCAGAGACGGCGAGUCAUGAGGACCCUACAAUAAACCAAAGUAUCUCCCUUCUUCUCUUGGAACAGGUGCUGACCAGCGAUUGCGGAUCUAAUGGGGCCAAAGGUUGAGGCUCAGUGGUCGCCCUAGCCCGUGCACAUGCCCGACGCGUGUGUGUGUGCGUGUGUGUGUGUGCGUGUUUGGAGGUAAACGAAUCAACCGUCUGCUGCAAUGGAGGGAGAGGAGAGGAAGUGUAGGAGCGAGCGCGAGCCGUUUGGAGGGGCCCGGCUGUCCGCCUUGCAGGAGCAGCUGAUCUGGGCCCUGCUGGGCUCCGGGCUGUCCCGGGAAGUCCUGGUCCAGGCCCUGGGCGAGCUGGAGCGGGACCGGCAGACCCCGGACGGGACGGCGAGGGACAAGGGCGAGAAGGGGGAUGGAGAGAGCUCGGAGGGAGAGAUAGAUUUUGCGCCGCCGAUCUUCCGGGAGCUGGAGCAGCUUCCCCCAGAAGAGGCGGCCAGGCAGAGGGCUCUGGUGGAGCAGCUGCUACAGAACGACCCAUGGCGGGUAGCUAAGGUGGUGAAGAGCUACAUGCAGCAGCACAACCUCCCGCAGAGGGAGGUGGUGGAGUCCACAGGCCUCAACCAGUCCCAUCUGUCCCAGCACCUCAACAAAGGCACGCCAAUGAAGAACCAGAAACGAGCUGCCCUGUACAGCUGGUACGUCAAGAAGCAGUGUGAGAUUAGCCAGCAGUUCACCAAUGCCCGCCAUGGCCUUGCGUCCCUGGACGAGCAGGGAGAGGAGACCAAGAAAGGCCGCAGAAACCGGUUCAAGUGGGGGCCUGCCUCCCAACAGAUCCUGUUCCACGCCUACGAGCGGCAGAAGAACCCAAGCAAGGAGGAGAGAGAGGGUUUAGUGGAGGAGUGCAACCGGGCGGAGUGUAUCCAGAGGGGUGUCUCUCCGUCUCAGCUGGCCGGUCUGGGCUCCAACCUGGUCACAGAGGUGCGCGUCUACAACUGGUUUGCAAACCGCCGCAAAGAAGAGGCCUUCCGCCAUAAACUGGCCCUCGAUACCCCGUACUCCAGCCAAUCAGUGGGCGGCGUGAACCCCCUCCCACCGCCCAGUCCUAACCAGGGUGUCUUUUCUGGUAUAUUCUCAGUUAUUACUCCAGGAAUGAAGUACAGUCAACAAAGCCAAUGUGACAACAUGGGUUCGGUCCGGGGCGGCGGCGGUGGUGGGGACCGGGGUCUGCGCUUGGGAUCCAGCCCCGUCCAACUCGAGCCCAGCCACACACUCCUGGACAUGCAUCAUUCUAAAAUAGUAUCUAGCAGUGGCCCCCUGCCUCCGGUGAGCACACUGACAUCGCUGCACAACCUGUCGGCCUCGCCUGCGCCGUCCCAGGGUCUGAUAAUGGCCUCCCUGCCCAGUGUCAUGAGCCUGGGGGAGUCCUCUCUCCUCAUAGGGCUCACCUCUACUCAGUCGCAGAACUUACCUGUCAUCAACAACAUGGGAGGGAGUUUCACCACCCUGCAGCCCAUCUCCUUCCAGCAGCAGCUCCACACCUCUCCCCAGCACUCGCUCCCCAGCCACAUGGGGACCAGUCCCUUCAUGGCCACCAUGGCCCAACUGCCCUGCCACAUGUACAGCAAGUCUGACAUGCCACAUUACUCAUCAUCCAGCCUUCUCUCACAAGCAAUGCUGAUCACAGACAGCAGCUUCGGGGCUUUGACCAGCCUUGCGGCUGUCCGACAGCUUUUAACAGCAGAUCCUGACGACCAAUCAGAGCCCCCCAUGGCAGAAGAGACUCUGCAUCUGCAGGCAAACACGCCCACACAAGAUACAGAGGACCUAGAGCUCUACCCAGCCUCUCAGAGCACAGAAAGCCACACAUCUCAUCUCCUCUCACCUUCACCGACCAAUAUCAGCCCCUACAUUCCCACGCAGAUGGCCUCCUCCCCUCAGUAGAGCCUCCUGCAUGGCAGGAUUAACCUGGCAUCGCUCAGCCCCCCUUUGAACUCACAACGAUCUGAAUGAAGCCACAACCACAGUAGAUGGAUUUUUCACUGGUCAACCCUCGUCCAAACUUAACACGUUGUAUUACGACACAAAUGAACAAAGAAAAAAGUGGGUUGAUUUUUUUUAUAACAAGACAAAAUAAAUAAAUCAUGAAAAUGCAAUUUUUUAUUACAAAUAAAUGUAUAUGGUAUGCUUAAUUGAUACAUGACUGACUCAAACAUCAUUAUCCAAAACGUUUGUACAAGCACUGACAUAACCUCAGUUACUGAAACGCAACAUCAAAAGCAAAAUCUUUUUUUCUUCAAAACUAUUGUAUUUGGAGGCAGUUUGACAGGAUUACAAAAAACUGCAUUCAGAAGCGGCCCUUAAACCUCUGUGCUCUCAUCAACAGCUUUGCGUUUUCUUCUCCUUUUCCGUUUCACCUUUGCUUGGGCACUGCCCUCCUGCUCUUGUUUCUCCGCCGUCUCUCUGCCGUCUUUCCCAGGUUGCAGAGAAGAUUUAUCAGGUAUAGACUUUGCAGACUUGGUCUUCAAUCGAUCUUGCUUUUUUCCUUUUUUGAGAGUAGGGCUCUCCUCUGCUCGACAUUUUUGGUCUUUAAAAUCUGUUCUGACACUUUCAUCUUCACAUUCAGUUGCUUUCUUUUUCUUCUUCUUCUUCUUCUUGGGCAGAGGGCACUCAGUCUUAUCUUCCUUGCUCUGUCCUGAUGGGUCCUCAACAUCAACCUUCUUCGUGGUAACCUCCCAUACUGGUGGUCGCAGGACUUCAUCUGCAGACACCACUGCCUCCCUUAUCCUCAUGUCCAUCUCUCCGUCGCUUUCGCUGUCGGCCACAGCAAGUAAAAAUGGAUGUCAACAUAAAUUGAAGUCGGAUUGAGAUCGAUACUGCAGAAUUAAGGUAAAAUCCCAUGUUUGUUGGUUAAUUCCACGCAAAUGUUUUUUACCUUGAGCUGGGAACACGCCGGCGUUUCACAGGACAUAGUGGUUCAUCAAAUCUUUGACCUUGGUUCGAUGUUGCAAACAGUUUGAAGCCUGUGACAAAAAAUGGUCAUCACAGUUGUUAUAAAGCCAAGUAGCCUAUCAACAAAAGGAACAUACUGCAUAUUGCAAAAAACGCACCAAGAUCAUCAUCCUCCAACGUGCUUGAGCUCUGGUGAGAUACAGCUCCUGCUGGCUUCUCUGAAAUAAAACUGAUGAGCAAAAUGUGUUACGUGAAUGAUUUUAUGAUAAGAAAGUGUUGAUCAUUAUGAGCAAAAUAUUUGAUCAAACCAAUGUACCCGUCAAGCAUAUGCUCCAACUUUUUGGCGACGUGUGCACGAAACUCUGGUGUCACCUGCAGCUCAUUACAGUCAUGUUGAUGGUCGGACACAAUCAACCUGUGGAGACAGCCCAAUGUGACUAUACAUCAUUCCCUUCAUUAUUUCGAAUAACAAUGUAUAGAGAGUGAGUGCAAACACUUUCAAAAGGGGACCCUCAUUGCACCUGGGUGAUAGCAGCUAUAUACCGGUAGCUCGACAGUCUAAUCGUACUGAAUA